GGAUGAGGCCAAGGCUUCGUCGCUCGUGCGGUGCUCCAUGAGCAUGAUGUGCGUGAACAAGGAGAAGGCCAAGGCGAUGCUGCUCGACAUGGGGGCGCCGCUGCGGCAGAGCAUCCUGGACAGCAUCAAGGACGUGCUCAAGGCCUCUGUCGUCGAGGACCCCGACAUGUGGAAGUGGGUGAAGGACCUCGCCUCACAGAUGGUGGAGCUGACCUGGGACCACAUCUCGCUGGAGGUCGAGCGUACUAUAGAGUCGUCGCUGGUGAAAUUUCAGGAGGACAGUGGCGUGGAGGGGCCCACUGGUACGGGCUUGCUUGGUCUGUGGUGCCGCGUGAGAGCUUUCUUUCUCCAUCACUGGAUUCCGCACAACAAAUCGGUGUUCGGCAAGAUGCAGGACCCGGUAUACGUGACGAUAUUCGUACUAACCCUGCUUCCAGUUCCUGGGCUUCGCGUUCUCAUAUUUUGCAUUUUGCUCGCCAUGCUGUUGUUCCCAGGCCC